UCUCUGGCCCGCCCCCUUCCCUUCCCCAGCUCCUGAUUGGCUGCCCCGGCUGUCCAUCUCGAUGGAGACGUGUGCGCAGGCUCGGAAAGGCACGGAACUCGGCUGGGCGUCGGCGAAGCGGAGCUGCAGAUCGGUUCAAGAUGGCAGAGGUGGAGGAGACACUGAAGAGACUUCAGAGCCAAAAAGGAGUACAGGGAAUCAUCGUGGUGAACACAGAAGGUAUUCCCAUCAAAAGCACCAUGGACAAUCCUACUACCACACAGUAUGCCAACCUCAUGCACAACUUCAUCUUGAAGGCACGGAGCACUGUGCGUGAAAUUGACCCACAGAAUGACCUGACCUUCCUCCGAAUUCGUUCCAAGAAAAAUGAAAUUAUGGUUGCACCAGAUAAAGACUAUUUCCUGAUUGUGAUUCAGAAUCCAACUGAAUGAGCCACUGUCUUGGAUCCUUGUGUCAUUCCUUAAUUUAAUGCCCCCAAGAAUAUUAGGGUUAAUCAUGUCAGUUGGUGCUGAAGGUCAUCUGAGAGCCCAUGUCGACCAUUCCAGUGAUCAGGGGUAGGUUGGCAGCCCUCCUCCUCACUGGAGUCCCUCUGUUGCUGCAGUUGGUUCCCUGGAAGCCUCCAGCCUCAUUCCCAGGCUUUGGAGCACUAGCUUGUGAGAAGCUCACACCCAGCUUCCUCUGACCUUCAGUUCACUUUGUUGCCCUUGGAAAAGGCUGUUUUUCUUUUAACUAAAAAUAACUGCAGCACUUG